AUGGGCAAGCGGCUCGAAGACGUAUCGUCGGUCCAAAUCUCUGGUUGCGAGCUAGCAUGCCUCAAUCGGACGUAUAGACAUGAACCAGGUGCUUUCGGUGCGUUUAAAGAUCGCGCUGCGCCUGCUUCUCACUGGCUGUAUUACGCUGCCGACUCGCGCUGGCAUUUCGGCAGCUCCUUCAGCAAGAAUGCGGGGCAGCUCGACACUGCUUUGCGGAGCCGUGUGUGCGAUGACAGCAGCCUCCCUCCCCCUGACAGCGCUCCGUGGGAAGAGCGAGUAUUGCUGUUUGGUCGCGUCUUUGGCUUUAAGUCCUCGCCGGCCAGGGUGCGAUGCGAGUUCUUGGAGGAUUGUCAGGCUGCCUGGAAUGCUGCCAAGUCUUCGGGCGCAUGCAAUGCUAUACAUGUCACAAAUUGCGAGAUCUCUGAAAUCAAUGCUCUGUACGAUCUACUUCCAGGUGAGGACGGGCAAGCCCCUAGAUUUCGUCAGAGAGGGAAGGAUGCGUGGCUGUACUAUGCCAUCGAUGGUCGUUGGCAUUUCGGCAGUGGUGUAGCUGCAGCACAAAAUCUGCCUGGCCAUCGAUUUCGCAGCCGGGAGUGCAAGGCAGGCACACUGCCCGUCGACACUUCGAGCUGGGAGGUCCGUGACAUGCGUGACUUGGGAUCGGGCAGCAAGAGGCCUUCUUCUUUCACAGCUUCGAGCGCCAGGUUGGUACGUCUAGCUUCUGACGACUGGUCAUGGUGCAAAGACAUCUGGUCUGCGGCAGCAGCUGUUGAGAUCAGUGGGGCAAGAUGCGGCGAUACAAACGGCUGUUACGAGCUCCAGCACUGCAGGAGGGAGUCCGAUGGGUCGCCGGUAUUCAAACACCGGACGGCAAAGUGCUGGCUGUAUUUUGCCAGUGACCGGCGAUGGUAUGCAGGUGGGGAUACCGAUGACAUGAACCUUUGGGCAUCUCGAGGACUUCUUCGGAGCAGCACAUGUGCUGCUGGAACCCUUCCGGGUGAGAUCCAUGUCUGGGAAGAGAAGUCGUCUCUUUACGGCGGUUACGUCCGCACAAAAGCUUGCAGAGUGUCGGCAAUUCCUGGGCCUCAGCUGGGAAUCUUCAAGGCUGCCGUGUUUGCUGCACCGGCGGCUGUGCAGGUUUCUGGGGCUGCAGCAGACAACUGGAAUGGGAAGUAUUUUCGGCAGGUGCACUCGUCAUGCCCAACCAGGCUUCCCACAUUCUGCAAGACCGAAGCCGAUGCUUGGUUGUACCAAUGCGAUGAUGGAAGAUGGUAUGUGGGGCAGAAAAAGCACAAGGACAAGCGCUGUGCCGGGCGAGGGCUGAGAAGUUCAGUCUGCGAUGUCGGUGUGCUGCCGUUUCUGGCCGCAUGGGAUGAGCAUCGAUGGCGUUACACCAUGCCCUUGUUCGAGCCCACGAAGCAUGUCAAAGUGUUAGAAGACUGA